GUUUUGGGAAUUCAGUCUGGAAGGAGGGGGAAAGGUGGAUGUGGAGCCACGGGGUUACACACCCACAUCUCCCCAACAGGUGGGCACAGGGAUGAUCUGCAGACAAGGAGGGUCGCCUGAAGAACAGGAGUGAAACCCUCCCUCUGCCUUUUCGUAACCUAUUGGUCAUACUCAGUGUACUUAGUGGCUGUCUGCCUCCCCGCAUGGAUUAUAGUGUUUUUGCUGUAGAGGAUCAUGCUGUGCUCAUCUUUGUGGGCCCUGCAGCACCCAGCAUGUUCCUUGCGCACAGUAGGUGCUCUGUAAAGGUAGCACAGUGGAAAGAACUUGGGCUUUGCAGGUGGAGGCAGACAGAACAGGCUGAAUCUCAGCCCGGCUGUUUUCCAGUUGUGUGGCUAGAAAAUUACUUGUCUCUUGGGCUUCGGUGAACCCACCUGUGAAACAGGGAAAAUACCACUUAGAAGGUUACGGGGGUCACUGUGUCCAGGGCCCAGCAUGUCCUAGUGAGGCCUUGAUAAAUGGAAGCGUAUUGCUCUUCAACAACUCUUAGUGGCAUUCACUGAAUUAUGCUGUGAUGGAGGUCCUGUAGGGCUCUGGGGGCCACAGGAGUGAGGGACCCCAGGGAAGAGAGAGGCCUCUUGGAUUUCUCCCCCAGGGUCUGGCCAGGUUCAGAGUACGGGUCCAAAUGAACCACGAGUCCUGGCUAAGCAUCUGCAGCCCUCUGCCCCAGCUCCUGCAUCCCCGUGACCCUGGACCUUUGCCAGGCUAAGUUUAGCCGUGACCUGCAGGGGCCGCCAUGCUCUGUGGGCGGGGGCAGGGGCAGAGAGGAACUCAGCAGGCUUCCUGCCGCUGCCUGGCAAGCAGACAUACAAACGCCCUGGGAGUGACCCAGGUUUAUUUUCAAGCUGAACCCACCAACGGAGUGUCUCAGACCACACGUGUGGGGCAGCCCCGUAGAGGAAAGCUCCAGCCAUGGCGCUGGGGCUCUUCCGGGUGUGCCUGGUGGUGGUGACCGCCAUCAUCAACCACCCGCUGCUGUUCCCGCGGGAGAACGCCACGGUCCCCGAGAACGAGGAGGAGAUCAUCCGGAAGAUGCAGGCACACCAGGAGAAGCUGCAGCUGGAGCAGCUACGCCUGGAGGAGGAGGUGGCACGGCUGGCGGCCGAGAAGGAGGCCCUGGAGCCCGUGGCAGAGGAAGGCCAGCAGCAGAACGAGAGCCGCGUGGCCUGGGACCUGUGGAGCACCAUCUGCAUGAUCCUCUUCCUGGUGAUUGAGGUGUGGCGGCAGGACCACCAGGAUGGGCCCUCACCCGAGUGCCUGGGUGGGGACGAGGAUGAGCUGCCUGGUCUGGAGGGUGCCCCCCUCCGGGGCCUCACCCUGCCCAACAAGGCCACACUCAACCACUUCUAUGAGCGCUGCAUCCGGGGGGCCACAGCCGAUGCGGCCCGCACCCGGGAGUUCGUGGAAGGCUUCGUGGAUGACUUGCUGGAAGCCCUGAGGAGCCUCUGCAACCGGGACACGGACAUGGAGGUGGAGGACUUCAUCGGCGUGGACAGCAUGUACGAGAACUGGCAGGUGGACAAGCCGCUGCUGUGCAACCUCUUCGUGCCCUUCAUGCCCCCAGAGCCCUUCCACUUCCACCCAGAGCUCUGGUGCUCCAGCAGCUCGGUGCCUUUGGAUCGCCAGGGCUACGGCCAGAUCAAGGUGGUCCGGGCCGACGAGGAUACCCGGGGCUGUAUCUGUGGCAAGACCAAGCUCGGGGAAGACAUGCUGUGUCUCCUCCAUGGCAAGAACAACUUGGUGCGGCCGGGCAGCGAGGUGAAAGACCCACUGUGUGCCAGAGAUUCCCCAUACCUGGAUACGAUGCAGGUCAUGAAGUGGUUCCAGACGGCCCUCACCAGAGCCUGGCGCCGCAUCGCCCACAAGUACGAGUUCGACCUGGCCUUUGGCCAGCUGGACACCCCAGGGUCCCUCAAGAUCAAGUUCCGCUCAGGGAAGUUCAUGCCCUUCAACCUGAUCCCCGUGAUCCAGUGUGAUGACUCAGACUUGUACUUCGUCUCCUACCUUCCCAGGGAGCCCUCGGUGGGGAUCCUGGAGUCCAGCACUGACUGGCUCCUGUCCUUUGCUGUCUACGAGCGACACUUCCUCAGGGUGACAUCGAAGGCCCUGCCUGAGGGUGCCUGCCACCUCAGCUGCUUGCAGAUCGCCUCUUUCCUGCUCUCCAAGCAGAGCCGGCUGACCGGCCCCAGCGGCCUUGGCAACUACCACCUGAAGACUGUCCUGCUGCACCUCCUGCUCUCCCGGCGGGCCACCGACUGGAAGGCCGGGCAGCUGGACGUGCGUCUACGUGAGCUGCUCUGCUUCCUGGAGAAGAGCCUGCUAGAGAAGAAGCUCCAUCACUUCUUCAUCGGCAACCGCAAGGUGCCCGAGACCAUGGGACUCCCUGAGGCCGUGCGCAGGGCCGAGCCUCUCAACCUCUUCCGGCCCUUCGUCCUGCAGCGAAGUCUCUACCGGAAGACGGUGGACUCCUUCUAUGAGAUGCUCAAGAAUGCUCCGGCGCUCAUUAAUGAGUACUCCGUACAUAUCCCCUCAGACCAUGCCAGCCUGCCCCAAAAAGCUGUUGUCUUGUAGAGCAUCCGGGACCUUGAGGGCCAGGACGCAGGGCAUCCUGCUUGUCCACACCCCUUGGGGCAUCUGCAAGCCCUGUCCUGGGAAAGUGGCGGGCUUCGCUGGGAGCCGUGGCUCAGCCUAUAGCCCUGAGGAAACAAUUCCAAGCCAGAAGCUGAUUUGCUUUCACUGCCAUUGGGCCUGUCGGUGAAGCGAUUGUCUGGGUUUGGGGACUGAUCCUUUGCAGCUUACUUUUGGAUCACCAGGAAUGGCCAAGAUGAUGACAGAACACUCCAUAGACACUGAGUUAGGGACAAUGCAAACAUUGAUUUGGGUGUAAUUAUUGUUACAUCCCCUGUCCAGUCUUUACUUGAAUAUCAACAGAGGAUCUACAGGAAUGCCAGCAGAAGCCUGUGUCAAGACUCUGCACCCCGAUUUCCAGUAACCUUUGGCCCUGGGCCUCUGCAACCAAAGCACUAACAGGGACAGAUGUGGGAAUUUGCAACCUUCCAUCUGUGGCCUGCACAGUAGGAUCCCACCGUGGCUGCACUGUGGCAUUUUUUAUUCUACUCGGAGAAAAGACCUACUAGAAAUUCAAGGCGCCCAGUGGCUAAUGUCUCUGUUGCACAGAAGUGGGUACUUGGUGGCAGAGAGAAGUUUCCAGCUACACAUCUCUCUCAGGGUGUACCCCGUUCUCCCUGCUCCUUCCCCCAGCAUGCUGUGUCCUGAGCCCCCUGGGUGCCACGUAGCACGUUGGGUGCAAGCUCAGCAGCCCCUCACCCCUCUUUAUUCUCUCCACAGCUGGUCUCUCUGACCGUCCGUAGGGAGAGGGAGGGCAGACGCUGCAGGUGGAGGCUGACAGAGAGGCACAGGGCGACUGGGGCGAAGGACUGAGCCUGGUACCCGGGGGGCUGGGGUCCAGCUUGCAGUCUGGCCUCUGAUGCUCAGUUCAGGGAAGGUUGCAGAGCCGAGAGGGGAGGCGUGCCAUAGCCCUGAGUUUUCCUCGGGGUCCAGUCCUACAGCAGGGUGUGCCUGGAAGCCAGAGCUGCUGUGGAAACCCAGCCCCAUCUGCAGGCCCCAAGACCCCUGCAGCCGUCCACUCCAGUGGGGCUCCCUCACCGCACAGAACCCUCCUGUCUGAAUAGGGCUUGCUGGCCGCACAGAUGACCAAGACCUGCAGAGCCCGACAGGCUCAGCUGACUGGGAACAAACAGGGACAGCACUGCGGGCACAGCCUUCAGGCCUCCGAGAGCCACCUUGGCACUGCUGGGGCUGAGGUCACUGGGCAGGCACCAGAGCCUGUGGUCAGAGCUGGCCUCCAUCUCCAGGCCUGGUUCAGGAGGGUUGGGAAGCCGUUCCACCUCCACUCGUGGCUCCAGUGGCCCUUUGGGAGUUCCCCCCUUGGCACUGCCUCAGUAAGCCUUGCAGAGGACCAAGGAGGAAGCAAGAAUGAGUGCACCUUCACCAGCACCUGGUUCACCCUCCAGACGUUAAGCUGGCCGUGCCUCCCAGAUGGCAUACCCAAUUCCACAGAGUGUCAGGCUCACCAAGAACUGAAGAAAGGGUCCUGUCCCUACCCCAGGAGCGCUCUCACCCAGCCUUGGCAUGCUCAAGAAGAUGGACGGUUCGCCUGGCAGAGUUAAUUCACAGUGGGAGGCUCGGCUGCGAUUGGGGCCUUGAAGCCUGUGGGAAGCUUCCAUGUGAGCUGGAGUUAGACUGAGCAGCGCUUGGGUCUGCCCUUCCCCAGGCCCACAGCGGCCGCCGGGCGCUCCAGGAACCAUCCUGUCAACGUGGUCUCCAGCAAUAGCCCAAUUCUGUUGGGAUUCAUUUCCAGAGUCAGGGUGAACUUCCUUAUUUAUUAUCGCCGUGCCUUUCCUUUCCCCUCUUCCUCCUUAGCUUGUUGUGCUUGGAAGAGACCCCAGCAACCAAGAACCAGCCUCCAGAAGCCAGGCCUGAAUCUCUCUCGGCUUCCCCUUUGCUUCCGGGAGCACAUUCACUGAAAAAAUACCUUCUGGCCUUGUGUUUAUACAGAGACAACAGAACUCAGCGGGGAAAUGGGGAUCCUUUCAUGCACCAAAGCUGCUUCUGAAGCAGAAAGCAGUUGGGCUCUUGGUGUGUCAUGCUGCCUUAUUUAUAUUAAAGGAAGAAUUAAACUCUUGCAAAGAGUAGAAACUGGUCACAGUGUUUGUUUUUAACUUCAGGAAAUCUAUGAGGUUCCAGACAGAGCUGGGGAGGGGGUGGAUUUCCUGUUGAUGAGCGGAAGCUUUCACUCCCUUUUUAUUCUUAUGCUUUCAGGAAACUUUACAGAAUAACAGAAUAGAACAUUUAUAGCCCAUCUUUGAGGCAGGCUGCAGAGUUCCAGAAAGGGCCUUUGAAAGCUGGCUGUAGGGUGGAUUCUAGCACAAGACCUUAUUUCACAGAGCUGAUGUGUGCAAAGAAAUGUGCGAGGUGGAAGAAACAGGAAGCUUUUGGUUUUUAAGGAAAGAAAUUGUCUUUUAAGUGGAAGAAUUCUAGUUCUUUAGGAAACUUAGGCCUUUCCACUAAGGAGAAUCCAGCCCACUUUCUCCAUGGAAUCUCUUUUCCUUCCCAAGGAUGCUUGACUUAACCCAGCAUCUUCUCACUUGCUGUGCAGAACGCUCCAGGACUACAGUUUGCUGUGCCUCUUGAUACCACUGAUACCUGGGAGGAUUAAGGGAAGGCCUCAAGUAGGGCGCUGCCUGAUAGCAUUUCUGAAAGAUGGGUAGGACUGAUCAGGAAAGGCAUUCCAGCCAGAACCAGGAAGUGAGGGUAGGAAAACAUUAUAGAUGUAGGCAACAUUUAAGUAGCACCUGCUGUGUGCCAGGCACCCCUCUACGUGCAUUUACCUAUAUUAACUCAUCUAAUUCCUGUGUCAACCCUAUGAUGUGGGUGCUCUUAUCCUCCCCACUUUCCAGAUGAGGAAACUGAGGCACAGAAGGGUUAAGUGACUUGUCAAAGGUCACGCAGUGGUAUGUAGCAAAGCCAGGAUUCAAACCCAGGCAGUGCUGGUAUAUGUGCUGAUAGAUACUGAGAAAUAGCAAAUGAGUUUGAAUUUAAAUGGCCAGUGGGGCUGACCAGGGAAAAGCCUCGAA